UGUGAAAGAAAAACCAGGAAGUGAAGUCCCGAGCACGUUAGAGAGCCCCGCCAUGGCCUGACUCGGGACAGCUCAGGCAGGGCAGAACUGGGGACACUCUGAGCCGUGGCCUUCUGUCUGCAUGGAUGCUCUGAAGCCCCCCUGUCCCUGGAGGAACUAGGGGUGAAAGAAGAGGAGCAGGGACCCACGUGCCAGGAAGAACUCAGAGCCAGGAAGCCCCCUUCGCUGGAAGCACCAAGACAUGCAGCCCCCUAAGAGGGCCUGAAUUUCCUGCUGCUAUUCACAAAGAUGCUUUUUAUCUUUAACUUCUUGUUUUCCCCACUUUCAACCCCGGCACUGAUCUGCAUCGUGACCUUUGGAACCGCCAUCUUCAUGUGGCUGAUCAACAGACCUCAGUCAGUCUUGCCUCCUGUUGAUCUCAACAACCAGUCAGUGGAAAUCGAGGAAGGAGCACGGAAGAGUCCUCGCCAGGAGAGCAACGACCUAAUUUGUUACUACUUCUCAGAUGCCAAGACGGCGUAUGAAAUUUUCCAAAGAGGACUUGCUGUUUCUGACAAUGGGCCUUGCUUGGGAUAUAGAAAACCAAACGAGCCCUACAGAUGGCUGUCCUACAAGCAGGUGUCUGAUCGAGCAGAGUAUCUGGGCUCCUGUCUCUUGCAUAAAGGACAUAAGCCAUCACCAGACCAAUUUAUUGGCAUCUUUGCUCAGAAUAGACCAGAGUGGAUCAUCUCCGAGUUGGCUUGUUACACAUACUCCAUGGUAGCCGUCCCCCUGUAUGAUACUUUGGGAGCAGAAGCCAUCAUAUACAUUGUCAACAAGGCCGAUAUCACCACGGUGAUCUGUGAUACACUCCAAAAGGCAUCAAUCCUGAUAGAGAAUGUGGAGAAGGGCCUCACCCCAGACCUGAAAAUGAUCAUCAUCAUGGAUCCCUUUGAUGAUGACCUGAAGCAAAGAGGGGAGAAAAGUGGAAUUGAGAUCUUGUCUCUGUUUGAUGCUGAGAAUCUAGGCAAAGAGAACUUCAGAAAACCAGUGCCUCCUAGACCAGAAGACCUGAGCAUCAUCUGCUUCACCAGUGGGACCACAGGUGACCCCAAAGGAGCCAUGAUAACCCAUCAAAAUAUUGUUUCAAACACUGCUGCUUUUCUCAAAUUUAUGGAGGGCAGUUUUCAGCCCACCCCAGAGGAUAUCACCAUAUCCUACCUCCCCUUGGCUCAUAUGUUUGAGAGAAUUGUACAGGCUGUUGUGUACUCUUGCGGAGCCAAAGUUGGGUUCUUCCAAGGAGAUAUUCGGUUGCUGCCUGAUGACAUGAAGGCUCUGAAGCCCACAGUCUUUCCCACCGUGCCUCGACUCCUUAACAGGGUCUAUGAUAAGGUACAAAACGAAGCCAGGACACCCUUGAAGAAGUUCUUGUUGAACUUGGCUGUUGCCAUUAAAUUCAGUGAAGUGAAAAGAGGUGUCAUCAGGCGUGACAGUAUCUGGGACAAGCUCAUCUUUGGAAAGAUCCAGGCCAGCCUGGGAGGCAAGGUUCGCUUCCUGAUCACGGGAGCUGCCCCCAUCUCCUCUCCCGUCUUGACGUUCUUCCGGGCGGCAAUGGGAUGUUCGGUAUAUGAAGCUUAUGGUCAAACAGAAUGCACUGCUGGCUGUACACUUACAUCACCUGGGGACUGGACAUCAGGCCAUGUUGGAGUCCCCCUGCCUUGCAAUUAUGUGAAGCUGGAAGAUGUGGCUGACAUGAACUACUUUUCAGUGAACAAUGAAGGAGAGAUCUGCGUCAAGGGCGUCAACGUGUUCAAAGGAUACCUGAAGGACCCUGAGAAGACAGAGGAAGCCCUGGACAAGGAUGGCUGGCUUCACACAGGAGACAUUGGUUGCUGGCUCCCGAAUGGAACUCUGAAGAUCAUUGACCGUAAAAAGAAUAUUUUCAAGCUGGCCCAAGGAGAAUACAUUGCUCCAGAGAAGAUAGAAAAUAUCUACACAAGGAGUAGACCGGUGUCACAAAUUUUUGUACACGGGGAAAGCUUACGGUCCUCUUUGGUAGGAGUGGUGGUUCCUGACCCAGAUGUGCUGCCCUCAUUUGCAGCCAAGCUUGGGGUUGAGGGCUCCCUUGAAGAACUGUGCCAAAACCAAGUUGUAAAGGAAGCCAUUUUAGAAGACUUGCAGAAAAUUGGGAAAGAAAGUGGCCUUAAAUCCUUUGAACAGGUCAAAAGCAUCUUUCUUCAUCCAGAGCCAUUUUCCAUCGAAAAUGGGCUCUUAACACCAACAAUGAAAGCAAAGCGGGGAGAGCUUUCCAAGUACUUUCAGACCCAAAUCAACAGCCUGUAUGAGAAUAUCCAGGAGUAGGUUAAGUUUGCUGCUGAGCUGGAAGCUGUGAGGGAAGGAGUUGAAACUUAUGUCAAGUGCAUGUUUCCAGUAAAUGAAGCAAGUACUGAUUAAAAACCUCCUGACUGGGUAAAAAGACUUAUGGGCAAGCACGCCUACACAACAGGCCUAUCUUCUGGGAAGGAACCAACUGAUCUUCUCUCCCCUGGACUCAUCCCUACUGUACCUUACCCCUAGACAACACGUGUUGCUUCCACUUGUAAAGUCUUUAAAAUAAACUACUG